GGAAAAGGGAGCGGCCAGAGGGAUGGAGCGGAUCCCGGCAGGGAUGCGGUAACUGCCGGGAUACCCCGACCUGCUGUUCCUCUCCCGGACGCGGUGACAAACCUCUCUGCAAUGGCCUCAGGGGAUGAAGGGGACCCUCCACGGCUGGAGGGACGCCGGGGGAGCCACGGGCGCAGGCUCAGCUCAGAGGGCCAGGUGGCGGAGGAGGCCGAGGAGGUUUUCCGGAGCUUUGCCUUCCACCGCUACCAGCAGGAGCGCAAGGAGCAAGGGGCAGAGCUGCCGCCCGACCCCGAGAUCGAGCAGAUCCAGCUGGACCUGAGAAACAGCACCAACAGCCAGGUGGGGCAGCGCUUGGCCAUCAUUGGUGAUGACAUUUACCGGCGCUAUGAUGCCGAUUUCUGCACCAUGCUGGCGGGCCUGCAGCUCACCCCCAGCAACGUCUACAAGCACUUCAAGGAAAUCGCCUCCAGCCUGUUCGAGAGCGGCAUCAACUGGGGCCGGGUGAUCGCCCUGCUGGCCUUUGGCUACCGCAUGGCCAUGCACGUGUGGCAGAGCAGGGUCGGCGCCUUCCUGCGCCAAAUCGCGCGUUACCUCGGGGAAUUCAUGCUGCAAAACAGCAUCGCCAGCUGGAUCGCACAGCAGGGAGGAUGGAGCGCUGUCCUGCUCCGGGAAAAGAAACUUGUCACCCUAUUCCUGCUGGCGGCAGCCGUGGUGGUGCUGGGACCCGUGGUGGUGCGGCGCUUCUUCACCUCCUGACAGGGCUGGGGACAGCGAGCACCCCCUGCUCUGCCCCACAUCCCCCAGGAACCGCCAGGACAGAGCCUGGCUUGGGGCUGGGACCCUCCUGCUGCAGGGUCUGGGGUCUCUGCACCCCCAGGAGAGGACUGGAGGGGGGAGGGGGGGGCUCUGCUUUGUUGUUUGGUGCCUCAAAAAGCUGCUGAGGAGGGGGCAGCUCUGGGAUGGGGACAUCUUUGGGGUGGGACAUUUUUGG